AUGGCAAGCCCAACUGAGCACUCUCUCCCGGAGACCUACACCGGUCUACAAUUCCAUUCACCCUCUUCGUCACCGAUUCUUGCGGCACUGUCCACACCGAUUCCCACGGCUGGAACCGCGAUUGUUAAGCCACUGUACUCUAUCAUCGUACAGUACGCUAACGAGAUAUUCACCAACGGAAAUCCGAGAGGUUAUAAAUACCCCUUACCGCUUGUACCUGGUGGUUCUUGUAUUGCCCGCGUUGCUGCUGUUCCAUCCGACGCCACGAGCCUAAAACCCGGUCAGCUGGUAUUUGUAGAGUUGACAGUCCGGGGCCGAGACGACCCUAAUAUCAAGAUCCUUAGAUCAUUUCAUGAGGGUUCCAGCGAGGGGACUAGGAAGCUGAUGGCCUCGGAAGAGUGGCGCAAUGGAUGUUGGGCCACGCUAUCGACUGCACCUUUAGAGAGUGUACACACUCUAGAUGAAGGUAUACUAGUUGGGCGACUGGGGUAUAAACUUGAAGAACUUGGUUCUCUUAGUCAACUAGUUGUCCCGUACGGUGGCCUCGCAGAUGUUGGAUUAAAAACAGGCGAGACGGUUUUGAUUGCCCCAGCCACGGGCUCCUUUAGUAGUGCUGCGGUACAUGUGGCCCUUUCUAUGGGCGCUAGAGUCAUCGCCAUGGGAAGAAACGAGGCAGCUCUAGCGGACCUGAAGAAGCUCGCCGAUCCUGGAAGAAUAGAAACCGUCAAGAUUAGCGGCGAUGUUCAACAAGACGUCAACGCGCUGGCCAAGUUCGGGCCACUGGAUGUUUAUUUCGACAUAUCCCCACGACCGGCCAGCAAGAGCUCUCACAUUAGAGCAGGUAUAUUGUCUUUGAGGCCAGGAGGCCGGAUGAGUCUCAUGGGAGGAAUACCAGGUGACAUCGACAUCCCUUAUUGGCACAUAUCAUACAACGGUAUCACAAUUAAAGGAACCUUUAUGAACACACCCCAACAGGCGAAGGACUUAAUCAAAACUGUCGAAAGGGGUGUGCUGAAGAUUGGCUCCAGAGUGGGCAUGGAGGUGGCCGGAAAAUUUGGGCUUAAAGAUUGGGAUGAGGCACUUCGGAUUGCUGCGGCAAAGGGGGGGCCAGGAAAGAGCGUAUAUUUCAUUCCUAACGGGGAAUGA